AUGCUGGGGUCUACCAACGUUACUGGAAUAGAUAUCGGCCCCGUAUCCAAAUUUUUAGGUAUCCCUUUCGCUUCAGCCCCGCGCUUCAAUUUACCUGUACCAUUGCAAUCCUACAAUGGACCCAUUGACGCGACGAAAUAUGGCCCCGCUUGCAUCCAACAAUCCAUGCCAAUUAUUUCUACUGAUUUCGAAACUGCCGAGGAAUCCUAUGGCUUCUUGGCGGGAUCAGAGGUUCAUAACGAGGGUAUUGGCAACUUUGGCCUCUAUGAUCAGCGUGUUGCUUUGAAAUGGAUCCAGACCUACAUACAUGCAUUUGGCGGCGAUAGCACUCGGGUUACUAUUUUAGGACAAUCUGCGGGUGCUAUAUCUGCGUCACUUCAGAUGCUUGCCUUCGGCGGUGAUACCCAGGGUCUGUUCCAUGGUGCUUUUAUGCAAUCAGGAGCUCCGGUACCUGUGGAUAGCAUGUUGAACGGUCAAGGUGUCUAUGACUUGAUUUCUUCCAAAACAGGUUGCGACAAGACACUUGAUAGCUUGAAAUGCCUCCGGGAGAUACCGCUCGAACAGUUGAAAUCGGCUGUUGAUGCUUCUCCGAACUUUGUUGGACCUGAGGGACUGCACUUGGCAUGGCCUCCUCGAGCAGAUGGCAUAUUUCUUCAAGAGGCUCCUAUGAAACAAAUUUUAGCUGGAAAAGUCUCAUCCAUUCCUAUCGUGUCAGGUAUGUCUGGUGGACCAGUUCAUAAAGAAUUUACGCUGAUCUCAGGCCUAGGUAAUUGCGACGAUGAAGGUACUGGCUUCUCGAUAUCGCCGCUCUUGGCUAUCCAUGUACUUACGGAGGACUCUUACCGAGGUUGGAUUCGCGACGUCUGGUUGCCGAAUGCCACUGAGGACGAACUCUCGAAGCUCUGGGACUAUUAUCCAGCAGACCCAACACAAGGAUCUCCCUUUGAUACAGGUCUCAAUAACACCAUCUACACAAAUUACAAGCGGGUAUCAGCAUUCCAAGGAGAUAUAGUUUUCCAGGCACCUAGAAGGUUUAUGCUCAAGCAUAUUGCUUCAAAGCAGAAAGUCUGGAGUUACUUGUCCAAACGGUUGAAAUUAUCAGGACCACUUGGAUCGGACCACGGAUCCGAUCUUCGAGUCAACCUUACGGACCCAUACGUAAUCAGUUUUGUCAACACGUUGAACCCAAACGUCGAUGGUACUACAGCAUGGCCCGAAUAUACAAAUGACACUCCCAACAUGUUAACUUUUUACGACGAUCCACUUCCUUCGCCAAACGUAACCCAGGACACAUAUAGGCUCCUUCCGAUGGAAUAUCUGUCCAAUCUCUCUCUGGCCUAUCCCAUUUGA